AUGCUGGACAUGGCUGAGAUCGGAAGUGCGGAGAUACAAGUCUCUCGGCUUCACAUCAAAGCAAUCAUCACGGUCAGUAAUUGUCAUGGACCCUCAGAAACUACUAGCUCUUUAGUAUUGUCAAAUUGUGGAACUAUUCAUUUCGUUAAUACCCAAUUGCCAAAUUUCUGCUUAGACCUCACUAACAAAACGAGUUUAAUUCUUUCGCAGGAUAUGUUAAUUGCUGGAGUAGAGACAUCUACCACAACUCUAGAAUGGGCAAUGACUGAGCUGUUGAGAAACCCUCAAGCAAUGUCAAGGGCACAAGAGGAGAUUGAAUUAAAGGUUGGAAGAGAUCGUAUGGUAAGAGAGAGUGAUCUGGUAAGCUUAGACUACUUGCGGUUUGUGGUGAAGGAAACUCUUCGACUACAUGCACCAGCGCCCUUGCUCAUGGCACACGAGUCCACCCAGGGUUGCAAUGUUGGAGAAUACUACAUUCCACCAAAAACAAGGUUAUUUGUGAAUGUUUGGGCAAUCGGAAGAGAUGAAAGAGUUUGGGAAGAUCCUUUAGAAUUCAAGCCCGAGAGAUUUAUUGGCUCAAGCAUAGAUGUGAAUGGCCACCACUUCGAAUUGUUGUCUUUCGGAACAGGAAGGAGAGGAUGCCCUGGGAUUUACAUGGGGCUUUCUUCUGUUUACUUGGUUGUGGCCCAGCUCAUACAUUGCUUUCAUUGGAAUGUGGAGGGUGAUUUGGAUAGGGAGGAAACGUUUGGAUUGACCCUACCAAAGAAGUUUCCUAUCUCUGCUUUUCCCUCCUGGAAGCUCACCACUGACAACCCAUCAUAA